GCUGCUGCUAACAGGUGCUGGCAGUUUAAUACUUGGCGAAGUCAAAACAAUAACAGGUCAACGGGCCAAAUCGGCUGCGAGGCGGAGUUCUCCCGUUUCUCUCGAUUGCCAAACCGCGUCUGUUUGAGGAGCUUUGUGCCAUGUCGAAAGUGAAAGUUUAGAGGUUCAGUAUUUAGACUCUUGUGAGCAGCAGAGAGAGUCAGAGAGGAGUGAACUCAGACUGUGAAGACACGCAGAGCUCGGGUGAUCAAUAACUCUCUCUGAAUGGGAAAUAAUCUCCUUUAAUAAUUCAUAACCAACUACGGGCAAAUCUUCAAAAUCAAUCAUGGAUGCUGUAAAUGCUGUGCAGCUGUUCAUUCUGGUUUGGACCUUUACUGCUGUCUGUCAAGCUGAUGAUGAUAUCAUUGUAAGCUGUGAGAAUGUGACUGGAUUUGUGGGGAAAGAAGUAACUCUCAACUGCAGCGUCUCUCUGAAGUGCGAUAAACAUAAACGCUGCAUUACAAUGUAUAAGUUUCAAUACCCUGAUAUCAAUAAUGACUCCGCAAUCUGUCGUGAAGAUUUUCCUGUGCACCCCUGUGAACAGAGAAACAGUUUCACAUGCAGCUACACUCCAACUACAGCAAUGACAGAACAAUUCAGAUUCUUUGUGCAAACAGCGUGUGGAAAGGACCUAUCAAAAUUCACUGUUAAGACAUCAGUUUCCUCAGAAUCAUCAGGAUCCUCUCCACCAGAGACAGCAGGUCUUGGAUCCAAGGGUACUGUCUUCACUGUGGUUGUGAGUGGUUUCAUCAUCAUCCUCAUCAUCAUGACGGUGAUCAUUUGCAAAACAAAACCAAACUUUACCAAACUUUGUAGAGGCCAGAACUGGAUGUUUUUGAGAGUCAGACAUGAUGAGGACAACAAUCGUCCAGGAAAUGAGAUAUUAUAGCAUCGAGUUUUGUUUGACUUUUCGUGUGGUGCUCAUGAAACACACAAGCUUUAUUUGAACUCCACUAAACUCUACACUAUCUUAUAUCUCAAACUACUGAAUUUAUAACUCUGCCUGUUGGUUUUAAAAAGUCUUGUUUCUGUUUUAUAUUGACUUCUGUGAAAUAACAGCAUAUUAUUGAUCUGUUUGAUCAGAGUAAAUGAUUUUAAUGAACUCAAACCUUUGUGAACUUUAAGAGGAAACACAGCGAAACUCAAAUUGUUCACUUCUGAGCCGAGAGAAGUUUGUCUCGUGGUUCGUCGAGGCAUUAAAUGGUAUUGUUACUUAUAUUUGAUGAUAUAUUCUGAAUUAAAGCUGUUUCUGGCUUUGUUAAACAUACCUUGUAUGUGGGAUAAUGAAAUUGUAUUUGUGAAUGAUUGUGAUUGUGAUUGUUUGCGAUUGUGAGUGAGAUUAGCAUAUAUAAGCCUGCUGUAUUUACUCUCUGUUUGCCAACCAGUGUUUAAUUAAAUGAAGAGAUCACAAAAUUCAUGUUUUCAACAUAUUUCCCC